AGACUUUGGUAGCAAAUCUUCCAGAAUCAAAAUGAACACAGAUAGUGGUGGGUGUGCUCGCAAACGUGCUGCCAUGUCUGUCAAAUUAACAGCGGUGAAGAGAGUUCAAAGUUCUCCAAACCUUUUGACCGCAGGACUUGAUUCCCAUUCACCAGACUCAGCUUGGAGAUCAUUUAACAUUGGAAGUAGAGAGACACUGAAUGGAGACACUAGCAGCUCCUCUCUUGCAGCAAAGGGCUUUCGAAGUGUCCGGCCAAACCUACAAGAAAAGAAAUCACCAACUCAGGCUCAGAUAACAGUGAAUGGGAAUUCUAACUUGGCAACCAGCCCAAUGAGUUACUUUCAAAGGCCUUUCUCCCCUUCUUUGGCAUACUCUCCACCAGUCUCAUUCAGUUCAAGCUCCUCUCUCCUGCAACAGAGCAGGACAAUGGAAUCUGCAGAGACGUAUCUACAGCAUGCACACUCUAUUGGUGGCGGUGACAGCAGCAGCAGCACAACCACCACCACCAUACCGAUCUGUAGGACUUCAGAGGAAGAAAAGAAAGUCACAGUCAUUAAAGCACCACAUUAUGCAGGAAUUGGGCCAGUUGAUGAAUCAGGAAUUCCAACAGCAAUUAGAACGACUGUUGACAGACCAAAGGAUUGGUAUAAGACAAUGUUUAAGCAAAUCCAUAUGGUUCAUAAGCCUGAUGAUGACACUGACAUGUAUAAUACUUCAUAUGCAUAUAAUACUGGUAACUUCAGUCAAUCACUUUCUGCUCAAGCACAUCCUGUUGCAAAGACUCAGACAUAUAGGCCACUGACAAAAAGUACUUCUGACAAUGGCACUGAAGCCUUUAAGGUCUCUUCACCUCUACCACCUCCAGUACCACCUGUUCGUCCUUGGCAAAGAUCUGCCCCAGAAAAAAAUGAGUGGGAGCCUCCUGAUAGAAAAGUAGAUACCCGCAAAUUCCGUUCAGAACCAAGAAGCAUUUUUGAAUAUGAGCCAGGAAAGUCUUCAAUCCUUGAACAUGAAAGACCAACAUCUUUAUACUACAGUCCAACAGACAGACGCGUGGAUAGACCUUCUAGUUCUGCAAGUACUUCAAGUGAUUACAGAAAACGAAGGAAGUCAGAGCCUACAGUAACUCAGCAGAAAGUCCACCCUGAUCAGAAUGUAAAUCGAUACACUCUUGGUCGUACAGAUACGCAGAGCACCUAUUCAACCCUUAGGAAGCCUGUUACAACCUCUUCUCCAUCUUCUCCAUCAAAAGCAAAAGGUGGGGAUAUUAGCAAAGCAUAUUCAUCCCUUUCCAGUUAUUCAGUCCCCAACCAGAACACCUCAAAUGAUUUAGAUUAUAGUAAAAAUUAUGGGCAGAGACUAGCAGUUCCAGGUGAUUCAAGAAGAGCCAUCAGUUACAAGAAUGGCUGGCAAAUGGCCCGUCAGAAUGCAGAAGUCUGGAGCAGCACUGAAGAGACUUCCUCUCCGAAACGCAAAUCUCGCAGCUACAAUGACCUACUAGCUGAUGAUCAUUGUUGCUUCUCUGAUACACAGAAUAAAUCUGAAAGUAUGGUGUCUCUGUUGUGUGCAGACAAUUCCAAAGGUGAUUCUUCCCUAACCUGGGCUUCCCCGUAUUCCUCUGAAACUCGUGGUUCCAAUCGGUCAAGGGCACAUCUUAGAUCUGCCCAUGAUGCUCCUGGAUUUCUAAAAAUGUACAAAAGAAUGCAUCGCAUCAACCGCAAAGACUUACUUAAUUCCGAGGUUAUCUGUUCUGUAAAAUCCAGAGUACUGCAGUAUGAAAAGGAACAGCAUAAGAGCUUACUACAUGGUUGGAAAGAAUCCUCCACAGAGGAGGUACCAAGGGACAUGGUGCCCAAUAGAAUAUCUGAAUUUGAAAAACUAAUUCAGAAAUCUAAAUCAAUGCCAAAUUUAAGGGAAGAAGCAUUAUCAACUGUAAGCCUGCUGGAACCCCCUAAAAAUGGCUUUUGUACAAUGAGACGGUUUUCUAUUGAAUCCUUGCUGGAUGAAGAAAAUCAAAAUAGGCACACUACUCAAAUGCAAAGGAAUUACAAGUCCAAAACUCUGGUGCCAAUUCACAUUGAAGUAACUAGCGAGGAACCACAAAGAUUUCAGACGGACUAUUCAGACAGUGACCAAGAUGGAGUGGUCUCUGACAUGAGUGACUUCAUACAGAUAGAAGGCUCAUCUUUUUGCAGUGAAAGUGAUUUUGAUCACUUCUCCUUCACAUCCUCAGAAAGCUUUUAUGGAUCAGGCCAUCACCAUCAUCACAAGCAUCUUAUCAGCUCCUGCAAAGGAAGAUGUCCAGCCUCAUAUACACGCUUCACCACCAUGCUGAAGCAUGCAAGGGCUAAACAGGAAACUACCCCAGAAGAUCCUAAGCGACAAGAUUCCGAUGCUGGCCUCUCUAAAAUAGCCUUCCUAGUCAGCCCAGUGCCUUUCCGGAGGAAAAAAAAUACACUCCCCAAAAAGCAGGCUGAAAAGACUAAAUGCAAAUCAUCUGUCUUUGACGCCCUGGACUCCGCUCUUAAAGAUAUCUGUGACCAAAUCAAAGCAGAAAAAAGAAGGGGAAGCUUGCCUGACAAUAGUAUAUUGCACAGACUUAUUUCCGAAUUGCUUCCAGACAUUCCUGAAAGGAAUUCUUCCCUUAAAGUUUUUAGAAAAAGUCCCACACGCCAGCCUUUGCAUCCACUGCCUCACGAUGGUGCUAUUCACUGUCCGUUGUACCAGAAUGAAUGCAGAAGUUUGCCUCUCAGUGCCUCUUAUCAAGAGAUGGAUGCUACCAACAGCAACAACCAGGAAUAUGAUAAUGCACUGUGUUUCCAAGACCAGGAAUCUCCUGGAAACUAUUCUUCUGCUUUCACUGAUGUGAGUCGAUGUAUUCCAAAGGAAAGAAGGGGAACUCCAGACAAAGAGAGACUGCCAGCUAGAGCAGUAUAUGACUUUAAGGCUCAAACUUCUAAAGAGCUGCCUUUUAAGAAAGGAGACACUGUCUAUAUCCUCAGGAAAGUGGAUCAAAACUGGUAUGAGGGCGAACACUAUGGAAGAGUUGGGAUUUUUCCUAUUUCUUAUGUUGAGAAACUUAUUCCCCCAGAAAAAGCACAGCCAGCAAGACCACCACCUCCAGCACAUGUGGCCGAGAUUGGAGAAGCUAUUGCAAAAUAUAAUUUCAAUGCAGAUACAAAUGUGGAACUUUCAUUGAGAAAGGGAGACAAAGUUAUUCUUCUUAGACGGGUUGAUCAAAACUGGUAUGAAGGCAAGCUACCGGGAACAAAUAAGCAAGGAAUCUUCCCAGUGUCCUAUGUAGAAGUCAAAAAGAGCAUGGCCAGAGGAGAAAAUGAAUAUCCUGUUCCUCCCAUUCCCCAGAGUUACUCAAGUGACAGAAUCCACCACUCAGCUAAGCCACAGCGCCCUGUGUUUGCUCAUGACAGUGGGGGGGAACCGUUUCAGGUUCUGUAUAACUAUACUCCUAGGAACGAAGAUGAAUUGGAGCUGAGAGAGGGAGAUGUCAUUGAUGUGAUGGAAAAGUGUGAUGAUGGAUGGUUUGUGGGAACCUCCAGAAGAACAAAAUGUUUUGGUACUUUCCCUGGAAACUAUGUCAAGAGGCUGUGAAAUGAUUAUUUGUUUUUGUUCCUUUCUUAUUUAUGCUGCAUCUCUGCCACACAUCUGCAUAAAAACUGCUAGAAAGCAUCCUCCACCAGCAUCCUUCAAUUUUC